UUUCUUUCAACAUAUAAUAUUUUUUAAAAAUCAAGUGGCUCUAUUAUAAGGAGAAAAAAGUAGGCGUUCUCUCAGACGACCACUUGUAAGCGUGGCUCAUGACACCGGUUUUUUUUUUAAUUUCGAAAGAUAGGAUUGAUUUUAAGCCGGUGUCGUUGUAUUAAACAACCACGGAUAUCCAAUGUGGGAGGGAUCUCUAAGAUCUCUGGGAGGUCAUCUUAUCUUGUGGGUACAGCUUACCGUAUGUGUCCCGCUUUUAUUCUGGGAAAGGAAGGGGGGAACAGCCUGUGAUCGAAGGCUGUACCCUUUCCAGGAAACUGAAGACACUCGUCUUAUAUUAUUACAAAGAAUGGUGGACAAUCUACGAAGUCGAGUUUUUGCUCAAAAAGUGUUUGUCUCAGCUUCAUCCAAGGCUUCAGAUCCUUUACACGAACGAGAUCUCCACAAUCAUUUUAAUUAUAACAAGCUCAACAACGUUGAUGGAAACAUACAAGAUUUCCUUGAGUACAUAUACUCCUCCGACAAAAAACUAUGCAUGGUAGCCACUGACUUCACUGGUAUAACAACCAGACCUACCAAUAUAGUCAAGCUACUAAAUACCAAUGCAUCCAUCAAGAAAGUGGCGAUCGAAACUUUCCAUACCUCAAAUGAUGUCUGGAUUUAUGAUUCAGAAAAAAUCAUAACUGACAAUAAUCUCUUGGAAAGAUUUAAUUCAAGAAAAAUCGAGUCUCCCAAAGCCUAUUUGAAAAUGGAAUAUUCAAAAAAAAAACAGCAUAUGUCUGUAUAUUACAAAAAAUUAAAAAAUAAAAAGAAUAAAAUUAUAAAAACAUAAAACGAUCUUUAACGAUUCUACCUGAAUCAAAUAUAAUAAGACAAGGGCUCAAAAGAAGCUUUAUGGACGUUCUCACUUCCAACAUUUCAUAAUACAUAUUAUAAUUUUAGAGG